AUGCGUCAAUUUCGACCAACUUGGUUUAAGAGAAGAUCUCAAUGGUUGGAAUAUAGCAUUAAAGCAGACACAACAUUUUGUUUGUGUUGUUUUUUGUUCAAGAAUGAACUUGAAAGUCGUGGAAAUGCCGGAGAUUCAUUUACAAGAGAUGGUUUUAGGUGUUGGAACAAAGCUUUAGAAAGAUUCAAAAAACAUGUUGGUAAGGUAAAUAGUAUCCAUCAUAAAUGUUUCAAUAGGAUGCAAGAUUUGAAAAACCACCGACAAUUGAUCCAAUCUUCUUUUGACAAGCAAAGUGAAAAGGCAAGAAGUGAUUAUCGGAUGCGUUUAAAUGCCUCAAUUGAUGUAGCAAGAUUUCUCUUGACAUCGGGAUUUCCAUUUCGUGGACAUGAUGAAAGUGAAGGUUCCGAAUAUAAGGGUGCUUUUCUUGAACUUUUGAAAUGGUAUGGGGAUAGAAGUUUUGAUGUGGGAAGAGUAAUAUUAGGUAAUGCUCCACAAAAUGAUAUGAUGAUUUGUCCGACAAUUCAAAAAGAUAUUGUGGAGGCUUGUGCUAAAGAAAUAACUAAGGCUAUCAUUGAAGACUUGGACGGUGAUUAUUUUGGAAUAUUAGUUGAUGAAUCAAAGGAUGUUUCUCAUAAGGAGCAAAUGGCUCUAAUUUUGAGAUAUGUCAACAAAAGUGGAAUGGUGAUAGAGCGAUUCUUGGGGGUAUUGUCCAUGUAA